AUGCCAGCUGACGGCUCAGCAUCGACCGCUCUGCCCAAUGGUCUUCCCUCCAGCCAUGGUAACUUUGAUCUCGUCACUCGCCAUGACCUCGACUACGCUCCCGGCAUGUCGGUCGAAAAGUGGAAGUCACGCAAGACGGGCCUGACCGUCCUGUGGGCCAACUUCGACUCGCCUCUCCUCAACUGCUACAUGACGCUUGCCUCCGAGAUCUUCGAAGACUCUGGUGUGCCACACACACUCGAGCAUCUCAUCUUCCUCGGCUCCGAUCUGUAUCCCUACAAAGGCGUCCUGGACACCCUCGCCAACCGAGCCUUCGCCAGCGGAACCAACGCUUGGACCGCUAACGAUCACACCGCCUACACGCUCACCACCGCUGGCUCGGACGGCUUCCUCCGCAUGCUUCCCGUCUACCUCGAUCAUGUCUUCUUUCCGACUUUGACCAAAGAAGGCUUCGUCACCGAGGUCUACCACGUCGACGGCAAGGGUCACGAUGCAGGCGUCGUCUUUAGCGAGAUGCAAGGCCGUGAAAACUCGCCCGCCGAUCUCAUGGAGCUCAAGUCGCAACGCAUGCUUUAUCCUGCUUCAUCCGCUUACCGCUCCGAGACGGGCGGUCUCAUGUCAGCGCUGCGCGUACUUGACAUCGAAAAGAUUCGCGACUAUCACCACCAGUACUACGCGCCUCACAAUGCAGCACUCGUCGUUUGCGGACCACUGGGACGAUCCGAACUGCUCAAUGCCCUCGCACCCGUAGAAGAGCGUCUCGUCACCAAGCGCAACGCACAACCCGAGGGUCCUCGUGGCUGGAAACGCCCCUUUGUAGAGACUGAUUCUGCUCUGCCACCAACCAUCGACGGCUCCAAGACCGAGCAGCCCGGCCUCGACCCAGCUGACCCUCCCGCUCAAGGCUCCAAGCCUGAAUCGAAGCGACGACGUGCUUUCGUUGACUUUCCAGAGAAGGACGAAAGCGUGGGAGAGAUCCAGGUCUCGUGGGUCGGUCCUAAGUUUCAAGACUGGAUGUCGAGCGAAGCCGUCAACAUCCUCAGCACCUACCUCACCGACUCGCCCGUCUCGGCCAUUCAAAAGGCGUUCGUGGAGCGCGACGACCCUCUUUGCACAGAUGCCUACUUUGGCUCCACCGACAAAGCAGGUGCGACCUUGCUUUCCGCCUACUUUUCUUCCGUUCCCUCGGACCAGCUCGACCGUCUGGACCAACAGUUGAUCGAUCUGCUGGCUGGUAUCGUCAAGGAGGGCAUCGACAUGGACAGGAUGCAGAUGGUCAUCAAGCGCGACAAGCUCAAGGUCCUCUCGCAACUUGAGACCAAGCCCGCCGACUCGUUCGCCGAUUUGCUCAUCACCGAUUUCCUGUACGGCAACUUGUCAGGACAGGAUCUGCACAAGGCGCUGCAGGACAUGAAGCGCUACGAUGAGCUGCUCACCUGGACCAGCGAUCAGUGGACCGAGCUGCUGCAGAAGUACUUUGUCGACAACCCAAGACUUGUCGUUGUUGGUCGUCCCUCUUCGGCGCUGUCGGACAAGCUCAAGGCGGACACCAAGGCGCUCGAGGAGGAGAGGAGGCAGAAGCUGGGCGAAGACGGACUCAAGAAGCUCGACGAGCAGCUCGAAGCAGCCAAGAAGGAAAACGACCGUCCCAUUCCGGAUGAGAUGCUCAAGCAGUUCCAGAUUCCCAGCACCGACAGCAUCAAGUGGAUUCCCGUUGGCACUGCGCAGGUCCUGCCCACUGCUUCCGACAAGCCGUCGAAGAGCGAGACCUCCGCGUACGGCCUGACCGUGCAGACCAUCGCCGACGAGCUCGACUCGAAAGUUCAAGCGCACGUCGACUCGGACCCUGCCGAGCUGCCCUACUUCAUCCAGUUCGACCACGUCAACUCGGCCUUCGUCUCGAUCUCGCUCGUAUUCGCCACCACGGACCUGCCCAACGAGCUGCGCGCGCAGAUGCAGCUCUACCUCUCGGUGCUCUUCUCCCUGCCCCUUAUCAAGCAGGACGGCACCUCGACGCGCCUCACCUACGAACAGGUCGUCAAGGGCCUCGACGUCGACACUCUCGAAUACGACGUCUCGCUCGGUAGCGGCGGCUUCGGCGAGCUCGUCUGUGCCGAACUCAAGCUCGAACGUGCUAAUUAUGCCAAGGGCAUCGCAUGGCUGCGCGAUCUGUUCUUGGGCACGCAGUUCGAUCUGGACAGGCUGAGGGUGACGGUGAGCAAGAUCAUCCAGAGCCUGCCGGAGCAGAAGAGGAAAGGGAGGGCCAUCGCUAGUGCGCUCAGUCGCAGUCUGACGUUGGACGCGGACAGGAGCACCAAUUUGGCCAAUAGCGUGCUCGAGUUGGUCAAGACCAUGCCCGAGUUGCAGGAGCGGUUGAGCACCGAGCCGGACAAGGUAGUGGCUGACUUUGAGAGGAUUCGAUCGACACUGGUUCGGCCGGAGAAUCUGCGCGUUUCGGUGGCGGGUGAUAUCUUGGCGUUGGAGCAGCCGAAGACGGCGUGGGCGGAGCAUUUUACGCAGUCCUCAUGGACGGCAAAGCAGACGCUCCCCGUGCCGUGGAGUCGAGACCUGCUCACUCCGUUGGGCAAGAAUCCGUCGCGCAAGGGUUUGAUCACGGCGCUACCGACGGUGGAGAGCAGCUAUUCGUACUUCAGCACGCGCGGCAUCCCUUCGUACACCCACCCGGACGCUCCCGCGCUCGUGACGACCAUCACGAUCCUCAAUGCGAUGGAAUCCUUCCUGUGGCGCUUCAUCCGCGGUGCCGGUCUCGCAUACGGCGCGAGCAUCGUCAGCAACCCCGAAUCCCAGCUCAUCCACUUUUCGCUCUACCGAAGUCCCGAUUCGGCCAAAGCCUUUGUCGAGGCUCGCAAGGUCAUCCGUGCCCUCUGCUCCCUCCCCUCCGACGGGGAGGAAUUGGUGCUGGACAUCGACGAGACAACGCUCGAAAGCGCCAAGAGCAGUUUGCACUUCAACAUCGCCGAAGCCGAAGGAACCGUCGCCGGCGCCGCGCAGGAGAGCUUCUUCGACCAAGUCCUCAAGAACGCGCCCAAGAACAGGGGGAAAUUGCUGCUCAAGGCCGUGCAGAAGGUGACCGUGGAGGAUGUGAAGGAGAGCUUGCGGAGGUAUAUUCUGCCGCUGUUUGAUGCGGAGACAAGUGUCGCCGCGGUCGUGGCGCCAGUGGGGAAGGUGGAGGAGAUGGAGAAGGCGUUAGAGGCGGUCGGGUAUGAGAUGGAGAGGAGAGAGAUUGAUUUGGGUAAGGAUGAUGAGAGUGAGAGUGGGAGUGAGGGGGAGGAGAGUGGGAGUGAUGAGGAGGAGAGUGGGAGUGAGAGUGAGAGUGAGAGUGAUGAAGGGAAGAGGGGGUAG